ACCUUAGGGGAGGUGGCGGCCCGGAGUCUAGGCGACGGGGCGAGACGGGGCCGGUAGGUGGCGGGAGGGGGCCUGGCCGGAGCCGGCGGGAGGGCCAGGCCCGGAGGCCCCCACCCUGGCGUGCCCGCCCCGGCCGCGGCUGAGGAGGAGGAGGAGGAGGAUGAUCUCCAGAUACACUCGGAAGGCGGUGCCACAGAGCUUGGAGCUGAAAGGAAUAACAAAGCAUGCUCUUAAUCAUCAUCCCCUUCCAGAGCAGCUGGAUGAAAUUUCCUCUACCAAUGACAGUCAUGAAAAAGAUACAAGUUCCCAAAGUGAAUCUGACAUCACACAAGAAUCACCUUUUACAUCAGCCGAUACGGGGAAUUCAAGGUCUGCUUUUCCAAGUUAUACAGGCACAGGAAUUUCCACUGAAGGCAGCUCAGACUUCUCCUGGGGAUAUGGUGAACUUGAUCAAAAUGCCACUGAAAAAGUCCAGGCAAUGUUCACAGCCAUCGAUGAACUCCUGUAUGAGCAGAAGCUGAGUAUGCAUACGAAGAGUCUACAAGAAGAGUGCCAACAGUGGACAUCCAGCUUUCCUCACCUCAGGAUUCUGGGUAGGCAGAUCAUCACUCCAAGUGAAGGUUAUAGAUUGUAUCCUAGAUCUCCUCCUGAUGUUUCAGUUUCUCAUGAAACAGUCUUGUCUCAAGAAAGAGAUUCUACUAUAUUUGGUAUAAGGGGAAAGAAGUUACAUUUUUCAUCUUACGCUCAUAAAGCAUCUUCUGUUGCCAAAUCCCCCAGCUUGCAUUCGAUGGAAAGAGAAGAGGAAGACUGUAUACUCUUUUCAGAAGGAAUAAUUGAGGAAUACCUAGCAUUUGACCACACAGAUAUAGAAGAAGGAAUUCAUGGAAAGAAAUCAGAAGCAGCAACAGAGAAGCAGAAAUUGGGGUACCCUCCCAUUGCUCCAUUUUAUUGCAUGAAAGAGGAUGUCCUUGCUUAUGUGUUUGACAACGUGUGGAGCAAAGUUGUGAGCUGCAUGGAACAGUUAACUCGUAGUCACUGGGAGGGACUUACUUCUGAUGAUGAGAGUAAUGUUGCAGUCCCCAGACUGCAUUCAGAAAGUCCCUGUAUGCUGAAUGAACCACAACCUUUGGUGUUACCACGAGUGCCACAGUCAAAGGUGCUGUCCAUCACCUCCAAUCCGAUGAGUCUCUGUCAAGCAAGUGGCCAUCAGCCAAAUGUGAAUGGUCUCUUAGUUCAUGGAAUGCCUCUACAGCCAAGAAAUCUCUCCCUAAUGGACAAGCUCCUAGAUCUUGAUGACAAACUACUUUUGAGGCCUGGGUCCAGCACCAUCCUUUCAACACGAAAUUGGCCAAAUCGAGCCCUGGAGUUUAGUACUUCAUCCCUGUCAUAUGCAAUGCAAUCCUCCAGGAGACGCAAUCCCCCACCACGUACCCUUCACCCGAUCAGCACAAGCCAUUCGCGCACUGGAACGCCAAGACCUGUGGAAGAAUUCCUCAGAGGAUCCAGAGUCCCUGGAGCAGCUGACUCGCUCUCCUCUCCCUCACCAAUGCCCCUGAGUCGAAAUAAUCUGCUGCCACCUAUUGGCACAGCUGAAGUGGAACAUCUGAGUACUGUGGGAUCACAGAGGCAAAUGAAACCCCACAGUGAUUCCAAUCGAGCUAGAAGCGCAGUGGUGGAUGAGCCUAACCAUCAGCAGCCCCAAGAGAGACUUCUUUUACCUGACUUUUUCUCCAGGCCCAACACAACUCAGUCAUUUUUGAUACACAGUAUCGACGUUCAUGCCCAGUUGAAUAUCCUCAUCAGACCCGACCUGGUAGGGGAUCUGCAGGUCCUCAGUUACAUGGUUCUACAAAAUCUCAAGCCAGAAGUGGACCAGUCUCUAGAACCAAGCAGGGACCAUGAGGAAAAUGAGAACUUAAUGGGUUGCAGGGAACACAUGAGAUAUGAUGUCAGUGUUCAGUCACUAAGUAACAGAGCUUGUCUACAAGUUCAACUUGAAAUCAUCUUCAUGAAGCAUUAUUUUGGUACAACUGACUGAAAAAAACACAAGAUUAUUCGCCAAAGAUUACAUGGGUACUAUUUCUGAUUCCGGUUACUGUCUUCUCUCAGCACAAGUGAACCUAUUUUACUAGAUAGUAAAGUCUGUACCCAAAGUCAUAAGAAUGAUUACACUGUUGUCUGUUAACAAUAAUCAGUUUAAUUUUUAUAGGAGUCUAUGAGAUUUAACACACUUAAAAAGCAGCAAAUGAGUGCUUGCUAUUAGUAUAAUUGACUUAAGCUUGUAUUAGUUUCUGGAGGGUCCUACUCAGUUUUAACUUGAAGUCACUUUUAGAAAGUAGUGCUAUAAAAAAUUUGAGCUACUCAUCAAAUAAAUUUCAUUCCUAAAGCUUCUCAUCUUCAGACUGAAAUGGAAGAGUUGAGUACGUGUUAAGCAUUGAUGUAACUUAUAUAAUAAAUCAUUUUGCACAUUUUUUUAAGAUAGGACAGCUCAACCUUACAAUGCCUACUUGAUAGUAGGUUUUGCUAUUUUCUUCUUUAAAAGUAUCUCACUAGUCUUAUUUUCCAGACAUAAACUUGCCUUGCCAGAUUAUUUCCUGCAGUUCUAAGAGUCCAUUAAAACAAUUUGUAGAAUCUAUUAGUGAGCCACCAAGGUGCAAUUCCUUAAGAAACCUGGCUAUUAGUCCAGUAUAAACAUCCUCUGAGCAGAAGUGAGCGCUUUGGCAUUGUGAUAUCACUGUGGACCUUUUCCUAAGGGCACUCAUGAAUGCAGCAAUGGUUAUAACUAUGGCUGAAAUUUAUCUUAUUUAAAGUUCAUUGAAUAUUAAUCUUGAUCAUACUAGUUUUCAAUCUAUUAAUUUUCAGAGUGGAUAAAUUCAAAUGAUCAUAAAUUGGGAUAACUUUUUAAUUAUACAUUAUACCAAGGUGUUCUAAUGCUAUCAUAUAAAGACAGAUGCUUCAAACAACCUGCAUUAUAAUAAUUAUAUUUCUAAUAUAAUUAAAAAAGAAUUUUUAAAACCUGUUUGUAAUCAUAAA